CACAAAGACUCUCAAGCAGCUCUGCAGGCUGUUUUUUUCCUCAGGCAGAGCCGGCAGUGCCUCCCUGUUCCCGGAUGGUCUACAAAACCUGCACAGUCCAAUAUGGGGGGCUGCAGAACCGGCUAAGGCGCCAGGACGUCGGCCUGAAAACCCACCUGGACCAGCUGGACCAACAGAUCAGUGAGCUGCAGCUGGACGUACGAAGAACCUCCAUUGAAGCCCCGGACAGUGACAGCCGGCCCAGCUCAGGCUUCUACGAGCUGAGCGACGGGGGCUCCUGCUCCUUGUCUGCCUCGUGCACGUCCGUGUGCAGUGACCGCCUGUCCUCCUCCCUGGGCACUUUGCUGCCCACCACCCUCACGGCCCGGACCAGCGCAGGGGACUGCCGGCCCUGGUCCGCCGACGAGACCACCAUGUGUGGCGCCCCUGUGCCCACGUGGGUGCCCCAGGCCACUGAAGAGGCUGCAGUCCGGCUGCUGCAGGACACGUCGCGGCCCAGGCCGGUGUCUACAGGUGACCUUGAACGAGUCCUCCCCGCGGAGGUGGGACUCCAGAAGGCCAGUGCAGACCCCAAGCCCACUUCCUUUCUCUGCCACAGGAUGGACCUCCCGCCCCACAUGCUGGACCCCAAGUACCAGCGUGACCUGGUGUCCAGGGGUGGCAGGGAGGUGUACCCGUACCCCAGCCCCCUGCAUGCAGUGGCUUUGCAGAGCCCCCUCUUCGCUCUGACCAAGGAGACCCCCCAGAGUGACGGCCCCUCGCCCCCUGGCGAGCCCCUUCCCAGCCCCUCAGGUCCGAGCUCAGUCCGGACUGGACCCGUCCCGGAGGCUGGCCCAGCGGCAGCCUAUAUAGACAGGCUGUUACAACUGCGGGGCCAAGGGAACCCCACGAGGGGCAAUGUGGGUGAGCAGGGACCCCCAAGAUGUGAGGUGUCCCCAUCCCGGAGAGCAGAGAGUGAAGGCCACCCAGAGAAGCUAAUGUACACCCCAGGAAGAGCAGACGUGGGAGGGAUGGCUCGGAGGAGGGACGCCAGUGGGGGUGGCCUCGAGCAUCAGGGACCUGUGCCCCCGGUUGGCACCCUGUACCCCAGCCGCCUUCCAGAGGAGGGACACAGUCCCUCCAGUAGCUGUGUCUGUGUGGGGCCUACCCCGGGCUCCCCUCAGCUGGCGCGUGAGCCUCCGUCUCCUAGCUCCCAGGCUCAGCAGCCAGCUCCUGACUGCUGGGAGGGCAGAGCCAGGUCACCCCCCCGGAUGGCAGUCAGGGGGAGCCCUGCCCUUGCCCCAGGGCGGUGUGUGAGCCCCCCCUGUGCUGCCAGCAGAGCUUCCCCCACGGGGCUGAAAACAGGCCGCCCCACGACAAAAGCUCUGAAGAUCGGGAGGGGGACCGGUGACAAGGCACUCAGGGUGGUGAGGCAGCCGCCACCCUGGGGUGCCCUUGUAGGCCCCCAGCUGCCCGCUGAGUGGGGGGCUGGGCUCCGGAGAAGGCCCACUCUGGCCGGGGAGGCGCCUGGCCGGUCUUGCUCUGAGUCCAGCCUCUACCCUGUGUCCUUCCUCGUCCCCCUGCUGGUGGCCCACCAACAGGGUCACCGGGCUUCAGCUCAGGCCCUGUUCCCCUUGGAAGCGGCGCCCCCCAUGGCGGCCGGCGGGGAGGCCCGGAAGAAACAGCGCAGGUGGCAGUCCUCCGUGGAGAUCUCAGCGCGGGCCCGCCCGGCCGGUGCCCAGGGCCCUAGCCUGGGGCCCCCACGGCCAGCAGCAAGGAGGGGGGGUGGCCCGCGGCCUGUGUGCCCCCAGGCCAGGCCCAGGCUGCCCCGCCAGGAUGCCCAGGCCAGGAGCGAGUCCGGGGGCUCAGAGCACUCGGCUGAGUGCGCCUCCCUAUUCCACUCCACCAUCGCGGAGACCAGCGAGGAUGAGGACCAGGCCAGUGACCACACCGCCAACCGCUUCGGGGACGGGGAGUCCAGCGGCAGUGACGUGGAGGGCGGGGUCCGGGGCAGUGGGGGCCGCCCAGGCCGGCCUCAGGCGGCCCCCCAGCCACCCCCACGGGCCACAGCUGGCUCCAGGCCGCCCCUGCCCCCGGUGCCCAAACUCUGCCGCGUCAAGGCCUCCAAGGCCCUGAGAAGGAAGAUUCGCAGGUUCCAGCCAGCCGCCCUGAAGGUCAUGACCAUGGUGUGAGCCAGCCAGGGCCCUGGCCCCGGCGAACGGGCCGGUGUCCCACGAGCAGCCGUCUGAGGACCCAGGGAUGAUGUGUGGGACGGGCACAGAGGGGCCUUCCCAGGGCUAAGGAUGGAAUCGAACUCUAAUGACCUGUUUAACGUGCGGACAUGGGUCUGCGGUCAUGCUGCCAGCUUGCUUGUCAGAGGAGGCGAUGGAGCAGGUGCCCUGGGCUGGGUCCCACUGUGACUGUGACGCGGGCACAUCUCCCUGCCCCAUGGCGACCUCUGCAGUGUCAGACCUCACGAGCUGACCCGGCCAGCUGACUGCGUCUUUGUCAGCAUCUCCCCAGGACAGACUUCUCACCUGGUUUCCCAGGUUUCUGGGUUGUCGCCUGGUGGUUGCUCACCUGUGUCGUAGUCUUACUCCUCUGGGUGGUGUGUUUCCAGUCCUUGUAAACCAUCUCUCCCCAAAAGCAUUCUUUUUAGGAGACGGCGGCAGAACUGUGCUCUGGAAAUGGGUGGGAACGCGAACCUUAUGUUACGUCCUCAUGUGAAUAAACACACAGAUUGUACCGUAUCUUCGCAGAUCGCGUGAACGCGUUUCCCUUUUACCGUGCCUCCUGGCGGUUCCCUCCGGGGCGUAUAGUAGGCAUUCAGCAAACUCCUGUUCCUCCCGUCA